AUGUCUCGCACUACACAAGCGUGGUUUGAUUUUGUGGCCAUCACUUGCACUGCCCGGCUCCAUCAUUACCUCCUCUUGCUCGAGGUGCUGGCAUUCGAGCACGCCCAUAUCGCGUCUGGGUCGCAUUCCACUGUGGUGGAGUGGUAUCACUGGUGCACUGCAGUCCAUUCACUUCUGCAUCAGGCAGCAUCUGUUCGGUCAGACCUUGUGGAGUCUGGGUUGCACAUCCACUCAAUUGACUUCUACCCGUGGGUCCGUGAACUGCGCAUGCUUGUCAACUCUUUGCCAACCCCCGGUGGUGCUCCGACCAGCAGGACUCACCCCACCAUCACCCUGGAGGAUGACCCCGACCACACGCUGCACCCCGAGGACUUUGAUGAUGACAAGGACAAGAUUCGGCAGGCCAAUGCACAUCUGAAAGGCGGAGCUGCUCUAUACAUGAAAGAGAAACUGGAAAUGGCGUACAAGACGCUUGACCCCAAGCACACGGCACAGUCAAUGUUAGAUGUGCACUGUGCAAUUCACCACAAUACGAUGAUCACCUUCACAGAGAAUUUCAGGUCCUAUGCACCUGAAUCCAGAUACUCUGAUGAAGAUCUGAUCGUCAAAAUCAGGGAACAACAAUCGGCCCACAUCCAGACGGUCAUGUCAGUGACAGAGACAUUAGAUCCAACGAAGAUUCCAACCACGUGGAUGGACUAUCUCGAGUUCUGCCUGGAAAUAGAGAUCAAACAUCUCCAGCAACUCUCAGGCAAUAAGUCUACCAGACAGACCACGAUGAGUAAGGCAGCUGCUCCCAAAGACUCUAAUGCCAUGGACACCAGCACAAGGAUUACACAUGAACUUUUCCCUGAACAGGACCAGUGGCUGGCAAACAAACUAUCAUUGAAACAAGCAAUUGCUGCAUUACGUGGGAUGAAGACCUCCACCCCUACUUCUUCGAUAGGCAAGGGCAAGGCGAAGCAGAACGACGUGGCAUCUACGGCAUUGGCAUCAACGAUUAAGGAUACCACCGCAAGAAUCCUCGAGUUGGAUGAAUUCUCAGAGGAUUUUCAGUACAAAGCAUAG